AUGCGCUACUUGUACGGCUCCCCUAUGCCAAACGUCGGCGCCGCAAACUUAGAGCAGCACCUAAGGAACAGGCACAGAGGCGUCGGAGCCCUCCUCGGCUCUGAGAUGGCGCCGGGCAUGCUGGCGGCCAUCCAGCUCGCCGGUGGCUGGGCCGACAAGUCCAAGCACCGCCUGUCGACGGGCGCACACGGCACCACCCGCAAGACCGGCUCCGCGAGGAACGACGUCAUGUAG